GAAGUUUCUGAGUUGUCAAUGAAUAUGUUUGUAAUCUGUAUUUGCUGUCAAUAUUAAAUCAUUCUAAUUUAUCAUUGAGCAAUCGAAGAAAAAGUUUAUCAAGAAGAAAUAAGGAAAUUGGUGGCUGUAGUGAAAAAAAAACAAGUUCGUAUAAUCCCAUUCAGUCCCAAAAAAAAAAACUUCAACAUGAAUCAACCAGAUAAUAGUGCGCAAGGUAAUAGGCCAAUAACCGUGCCUUCAGAUGCAAAUAUGCUUCCACCAGAAUUAUUGGAAACUCCGCAGCCAGUGAUUGGGUUUUUAGGACUCGACUGUAACAGAAAUCUCACACAUAAGUCCAUUUGGGAUGCAUUUAAUACAAAUCGCAAGUCUGACAGAGCUGCAAUCCAAUUCAAACUUUUGGCAACCAAUUAUGAGCUACCAGUUGUAAAACCGAAGCGGCAAUCCUAUGAGUGGUAUCAACCCAAAGGAAUACUCAAACGUAAUUGGAUUUUAAAGCAUUUGCAUGUGUUACCUGCAGUGGUUGUUCUGUUUCAAGACAUGGAGUGGAAUGAUCCUGAUUGGACGGAAAAGCAAUAUCAAUGCGUUUCUACAAUGCAAACGAUUAAAAAUUCUCUUCAAGGUAGACACACAAAGUUGGCAAUCGUUCUUCUACAAAAAAACACAAAUACUGACGAAACAUUCUCAAGUGAUCACUCUACGUUGGCAUCGAAGUGCGAUUUAAAUCCGAAAAUGAUUUUUGUUCUUCCCUACAAUGAAAACUUAAUUGGAUACACAUUGCGCUUGGAGUCAGCUUUUCUGGAGCAUGCUCAAUCGUAUUACUUACAAUCAACUAAAUAUGUCCGUGGUCAUAGAGAUCAGCUAACAUCCCAUUUGGAGUUGAAAAUUCGACAUCAAUUCAAGCUUGGAUUCUAUGCUGAAAUGCGUGUAGAUCAAAAUACCGCUCUAAAACACUAUAGCCAAGCCUACGAAUGGUUGGAGGAAUUGAAAUUGGUUGAUAGCAACUGUUUGGAAAUCAAAGUGGUCGCUGGUUUUCUCAACUAUAAGAUUUGCCAAACAAUGUUCAAUAUAGGCUCACCUCGUGAUGCAAUCACACAAUUUCGUACGCAUAUCGAUAAAUACCGUAAUCGAGUUGGUUAUAAGGAGUUGAUUUUUGAACAUUUUGCGUGGUUGAGCGUUCAGUAUAGUGCUUUCGCAGAUUUAUUCUGUGAAGCUAUCAAGUGUGGACUGCCAGCGCUGCAAACACAGCAUCCAGGAAUUUAUUAUCACAAAAGUGCAGAAUAUAUGGCGAAACGCAAAGAUAAUUUUCAACAAAUUUGUCAAGUGUCCUCACCGCUUAUUGAUUUCAUAUCGCUCCCAGAUCAAAAUGCCCUGAAUUACUCUAACAUAUUAUAUAGUGAUUUCUUUGGUGUUCGUGGUGGUAAUCGAUCGGACCUGGUGAAUGAGCAACAAAUAAUUGCAAUCGUACAGCAAUGUGAAAAAUAUUUUAACCAUUCUACGGCUUAUAUUACACUGUUGGGACAAGCCAUGGCACAAUUCAAAAUAUACAAAUGCCCCAGAUUUCGGAAAAAACUCGCCAUCGAAAUGGCAGAAGAAUAUCUUAAAGUUGGAGAUGCAUCCAAAGCUCUAACUCUUUACAGCUUAAUGCUUUCUGAAUACCGGACCGAGCAAUGGAAUGUCAUAUUUUCUCAAGUUCUUUUAAAAACGCUCCGAUCUGCCUUUUUGUCCGCAUCAAUUCCUGAUUUUAUCGCAUGCAGCAUAGAGUGUUUAUCAAACAAAAUUGUUCUGGAACGAUCCGAACGCAUUACCAUAUUGGAAAAUCUAUGGAAAGUGUUUCAAAAAGUUCCGCCAUUGACACAAAGCCAAAUUGUCCCCGAGCUACACAUUGAUUGGGAAAAAUCGCUUGAAACUUUUAAUACAAAAUUAACAUUUGAUUUAGAUAAAUUCACUGAACUUUUCGAUUGUACAAUCAAAUUCAACCAAACUCGAAUUGAAAAAGAUGAUGUGGCACGCGUGGACUUAUUCAUCAGAUCUUUGUCUGAUGUUCCAAUAAAAGUUCAGGAGUUUGUGAUGAUUAUUUUGACGGACAAUAAAUCAUUGCAUGAGAUUUUUGCGCAACACUGGACUGAAGUCGAAUGCGAUGCAAAAGCUGAAAAUGUAAAUGCAAUCGAAAAUGAUAUUAAUGGUGAUGUCAUGAUCCAACCAAAAAUAUUAUAUAAAAUAUCUUUCAAUGGAGAACGUUACCAAUUUGAUGAAAAUUCGGAAUUGCGUGUUAUACGUUUAGAAAUCAAAAUCGGCACAUCAGAGAACUUUAUAACACUCCAACAAAGCCUACCGCUGAAUCUAAAAAGUAACUUUAAAAUCUACAAUCAAAGUAAUAUUGCGAACGAGAGCUCAACCUGUUAUAUAAAACCACAGUUUCACUUGAAAACCGAAAUAGCGUUGAGUCACAAAUUCAUGUUGACGAAUGAAUACUUUGCGGUUACAAUCAGAAUUGAAAAUCCUUCUGAUAUGUUAGCCGAAAAUGUGAGUCUUCUCAUAACCGUACCAGUUCAUCUUCGAAAUAAAGUGUUCAUGGCGUCUGAUCAAACCAAAUCCCGGCAAAAAUUAUUGUCACAUUUGGAAGUGUUCAUUGGGGACAUACCUUCUAAAUCUACGAAAUCUAAAUGUAUCUAUGUCACAAGCUUAAUUGAUGGGACACUAGAGCUUCAACAGGUGGUUCGUUAUAAAGUAAUGGACAGUCGAUCGAAAUCGGUUGCUGACUCAAUUGAUAUUGAAGAUACGCACAAAAAAAUCAAAGUUGAGUCCAAUGUAACUUUAGAAUAUAUCGAAAACGCGAUCCACAAGUCGAAAAAAGAUACCAUCGUCAUCCCAUGUGUAGCGGAAUUCACAUUCUUUGGACAAUUUUUCUCGCUAAAUAAACAACCAUUGAGGAAGGCGGUAAAACAUGAGGACUUUCUGUUCCAGGUUGAACUGCAAAUAAAAUCUACAGAAAUCGAUAUUUUGGAUAUGUUCCUGAUAAGCGAUUAUAACAUUACGGAGAAGCCUUAUAGUAAAUCACGUCGGAAGCACAACAGAUCAUAUUCUCAAGGUGAGAAAGUUUAUGACAUUUUACUGCUACAUGCCGAACAGACUACACUUGAAUGGGUUAAUCGUGUUGACUACCAAAAAACCACUCCACAAUGGAAAUCAGUAUUGAAGAAAAAAUCGGCUGGUAAAAAUACUCCAAAGAAUCCUAGCGUUAUGGAUACUUCUUUGAAUAUGUUCUCGGAAGAUUUCAAAACAAAUAGUAUCGAAAGUGAAAACCAAGAAAACAUUCAGAAUGAUAUAAUACCAGAACCAAAAACCAUAUACAACCAUACAAUUGAAGGAUUUAACAUGAUCGAAAGCCGAAAAGGAUUUUUGAACGCAAACACAAUUGGUUUGUCAAACGAUUCAUUUCCACACAUUAUGGGUGUUUACUGCGUUCGCUGGCGUCGAUGUGGAGAAAUAGCUGAGAAUGAGUCCAAAUUCCUCGUUAAUUCCAUUGAAAUUGUGGAGGCACCAUUGAAUAUUCACUGUUAUUUGGAUGAAAUAAUGUUUGUAAAAGUUCCAAUGACACUCAUAAUUUCACUUCGAAACACAACGAAUUCAACGCUUCAUCUCAAAACUGGUUUGAAAAAUGCGGAUAAUUUUAUGUUUGCUGGACAUUCUCAGUUCAAUAUCUCUUUGUUUGCACAAUCAACCUACAAUUUGGAGUUUAAUUUGUAUCCGCUUAAGGCUGGUUGGCAAAAUUUACCGGAAUUUGUAGUAACAUUCAGCACCAAUGAAGAUAGCCGUGAUAAACGAAGUGAUGAACAACAGAGUAAUUUGGAGCUUCAAAAACUUGUAGAUCGUUGGAUGCCGAAGAAAGUUUUCAUACUUCCAAUGAUUAAGCAUCAGUGAAGGUUGAAAGCUUGUUAAAAUUCCCAUUUCAUCGAUUUGUUGCCAAUUCGUGAAAUUAUUUAUGAUAAACGAAUUUAAAUUCAUAAUGAUCUAUAGAUGUCGAAAGUAUACUUGAAUAGAAAAAAACGAAAUGUCAAAAAAUUCUCGAUUCGGAUCCAAAAAAAAUCCCGAUACUAAUUCAAUUAAAUAUCAAAAUAUAUAUGUAAUUACUAUUGUAUUUUUAUUUCCUUUUGAUUCUGACCAAUGGAGAUAUGCUUUAACUUGAAUAAUGGGUAUAAGUUGAAUAUUAGAAAAGUAAAUAAUACUGAUUAUAAGAGAAAAA